AUGACCAUAUCCAAGAAACUGAAAAAGGAUCUGGGGGGUUUCUGGGGACCUGGUACACGCGACGUCUUGUUUCUGUUACGGGGUCUUUUCGCGGGGGGUAUACUGGUCUUUGCCUUCGGACUCAAGAGAUGGCGUGUUAAUUAUGGCCUCACUUCAACUAGAGAGCCGUCUACGAAGCUUGCUGUUCCAUAUCGCGCUAAGGACAGCCCUACUGCACGUUCUGAAUAUAGCCACCCGGAUGCAGUCAUUGUACUAACCUGCCUGAGUUGGUACUAUGGAGGUCUAAGCAACGAGGACCUCUUCAGUGCUUUCAGUCACCUCCUUAAGACUGACCAGGUUGACAUGGAAUAUCAGCUGUGGGUAAAGGAUGCUUAUCAAUUGCCAACAAAAUUUCAACAGCUGGCGGGGCAGGAGCGUAUUAGAUUUUGUAUUGCAAUUAACGUGCAUCACCGAUAG